AUGCUGGCAACAUUGAACGGAACAUAUAAUUCUGCAUUUCUAACUCCUAGAUCUCGUAUGGACAAUAACUCUACACAUUCAGCUACCCUUGCAUCUCCAAGACGAACUAGAAGUAGAGGUUGGUCUCUUUGGGGCAUGGGCUAUCCGGAGGAGGCUGAGGAGGAUGCUGCCCUUCAGGUAGAUCAACUGGAGGAUCAAAGAGAGAGUAGUGUGUCUACUACGGAUUCAGAUACAAGAAAAAGAACAUGGUCGUUCUGGUCGAGACAAAGAGGCUACACUACGACAAAUGCCAACGUCGACGGUUUACAGUUUGAAGUGGCGGGUCCCGUCACCUUACCAAAGACAGAACGCAGCACUACGAGUUUGAAUAGUCCCUUAAUUAAUCUUCUAAUUCCAUUUGAUCCUGAUGCCAUGUUAUAUAGAAAAUCAACUUCGAGUAAGGAUAACAAGGGAACAGCAACCUGUUUUACAUCACAAGAGCCCAAUAUCGUUGUACCAAGUUUUGAAGUCUUACCAAAAAAGUCCCUGUGGACAUCGAUGACAAAUAUAUUCGGAUCCUCCCAGACUCCACAGAAACAUUUGUAUAGGGCAGAUCCUAUAGAUAAACUUUCACCCAUUCUAGCAAAGAAUAGACCACUGAAAAUAAUGAUCAUUGGAGUUCAUGGCUUUUUCCCCACAAAGGUACUUAGAACAUUUAUCGGAGAGCCAACUGGGACAUCAAUGAAGUUCGUAACUGAGGCUGAAGAAAUCGUAUCAGAAUACUUUGACAAUAUAGGAGUUGACAUAGAAAUUAGUAAAAUUGCAUUAGAAAAGGAAGGAGAGAUAUUCGACAGAGUUGACUUUUUCUAUAACGUUUUGAAAAAUUGGUCCACAGAAAUUAAUAACACAGAUAUGAUAUAUUUUGUAACACAUUCUCAAGGUUGUCCUGUUGCAAUUAUUUUAUUGGCUAAAUUAAUUGAAAGCGGUGUUCUAUCAUUAGAUAAUCUCAAUUUUGUAAAUAAUAUGGGCAGUAAAACAAAUAGCGAGGGUGUAGAUCCAUUGGAUUUUCUAGCCCAGAAUAACAAUAACAAGAAGAAAAUAGUUUCAGUAUUAGGAAUGGCAGGUAUUAAUAAUGGUCCAUUUUAUGGGGCAGACCAAACAUUGUUAGUAAAAGCAUAUCAAACUAUCGCUAAAGAUGCCAUGAUGGAACUAUUUGAAUUUCAGAAAUUUGAUUCAAUUCAAUCUAAGAAACUUAUGCAAGGUCUAAGAGUACUUAUUGCAAAUAAUGUAAAGUUAACAUUCGUCGGUUCCGUAAAUGACCAAUUAGUACCUCUAUAUUCAUCAACCUGCCUUUUCGCAGCACAUCCGAAUAUCUUUAGGGCUACUUUUAUCGAUAAAAGUUCAAGGACACCUGCGUUUAUUACAAGAAUUGCCAAAAUUGCAGGAACUUUACUAAACCUCGGUUUCGAGGACCAUAGCAUAAUAAAAGAAAUCAGUGGUUCAUUGGCUGGUCCACUUACGGGUGGUGGCCAUUCAACCAUUUAUAAUGAAAAACAGGUUUAUGAGUUAGGAAUAAAAUUUGCAUUAGAAACUUCGGAUACUCUCACUGAUAUCCCAGUUACAUAUACUCCGUAUGAGUUAUCAGAACUAGGCACAAACCCAUACCAUCUUCCCUGGUGUAUGAGAGGUUUGUUAUAUGAAACUAAAAGGCAUUUAAACGAUGAAGAGCUUAAAUUGUUAUACGAAGAGUUCGAGAAGUGGAACCCUGACACAAAACAGCUGAAAGACAUCAAAUAUAGAUUGAAUGGCCUUAAAUACAAAUUAUAG